CCCGAUAACUAACUGUGUUCCUGUCUGACCUGAGAAGUGUAUUUGGUAGUUGUUUAAAUGUCAUGAUUUAUGGCUUUUUUUCGGUGACAGUGGUUGGUUUCAACUCACUUACUAACCUCAGAAAGAUGGCAGCAAAAAUCAAGGUCCUGGUUAGCAAGAAAAAGCGUCGGUAUCAGGAAGAUGGAUUUGACCUAGAUUUAUCUUAUAUUUGCAACAAUAUCAUUGCUAUGGGUUUUCCAGCUGAAAAACUAGAAGGAAUUUAUCGUAAUCAUAUUGAUGAAGUUGUACGGUUUCUAGAAACCAGACAUAAAGAUCAUUAUAAGAUAUACAACCUUUGCUCAGAAAGAAACUAUGACACAGGAAAGUUCCAUCAACGGGUAGCACAGUAUCCUUUUGAUGAUCAUAACCCUCCAAGACUCGAAUUAAUGAAGCCAUUUUGUGAAGAUGUUGAUCACUGGAUCUCUGAUGAUAAGAAUAAUGUUGCUGCCAUCCAUUGUAAAGCUGGGAAGGGUAGAACAGGAGUUAUGGUAUGUGCCUACUUGUUACAUAAACAGAUCUGCUCAACACCUGAAGAUGCUAUGAUUAUGUAUGGUCAAGCACGAACUCUUGACCAGAAGGGAGUUACGAUACCAAGUCAGAGAAGAUAUGUGAACUAUUAUGGUGAGCUAGUCAGUAAGAACAUUGAGUACAAACCUUUGGCAUUGAUUUUGAGGUCAGUAAAACUUGACCCAAUCCCAAUUUGUACUGGAGGAACAAGUAGUCCAUAUUUUGUAGUGUACCAACUAAAUGUGAAGUUAUACACAUCCCCUGUGAUAGAGUUCAGAAAAGGCUCAAAGUUCCUACAUUUUGAGAUUCCUCAGUCAAUACUAGUGUGUGGGGAUAUAAAAAUUGAUUUCUAUAACAAGCCCAAAAUGAUGAAGAAGGAAAAGAUGUUCUCAUUUUGGUUCAACACAUUUUUUGUAAAGUCUUUGGAUGAACCUCCUAGUGGAGUCAUACAAGCUAAUGGUUUCAUAGAGCAAAACAACUCAACCUCAAGUAACAACUGCAACCUGAAGAAGGAGUAUGAAAGACAGAAAAGCAAAUCAGAAAGGGAUUCUAGUUCUGUGUCUCUCCCUAAGCUUGAAACAUCUGAAAGGUUUGAAAGAUCAGAGCGUGAAGAGAGCUGUAUGUCAUUAUCAAGGUUGCAGCAUAAUUAUACUCAGUGUCAGAGGUGCAGAUAUAGGCACUGGAGUGGGGAUGAUGAAGGAAGACUUUUCACACUUAUUUUGCCAAAAAAUCAGCUUGACAAGGCCAACAAAGAUAAAUCUCAUAAACUUUUCAGCCACAAUUUUAAGGUACAACUCUACUUCAGCAAAGUAAAUGAAGCUAUGAACAAGUCCCCUUUUCUAGAGCACAGGGAACUCUCGCCAAGUCAUAGUUUUUGUGAUAGUUCUAGUUUUCAUGGUGAUGACUACAGUGAUGUAGAAGACACAGAAACAGAAACGGAAGAUGAGGAUGAUGAAUGGGAAGGGGAGUCCACCUAUUUAUGACUGACUGACUUCACUCGGCAUCCCACAUUAACCUGCUAACCUCCACCUUGGUGUUUUGUAAUCUGUGUCUCCUGCCCUGUGAAGCCUGACCAUUGGUCUUGUGCUGUUUAUUUGUUGUAUUGACUGACCACAAACAAGAGCUUCCUCUCUGUUUACUCCCUGUUUGUGUUAAUAAGAAAAAAGCUGUGAAGUUGACGUCAUCAACCUUCCCAGGGACAGGGUACUUGUACAGUAGCAGAUCUAGAAGACUUCAUGACUUCAUUAGUGCUCAGUUUUUGUUGAGUAUCCCCUUUGUAUGGGAUCAACUUUGAAAUCGACACUACUGAACAUCUUGUUAGCCAUGUGGUUAAGUAAAAUGUAGCUGGUGUACUUAUAUUUAAAAAAUGUGUACAUACAUUUAUAUAUAUAUAUAU